AGGACACGCUCGAGCGCUCGCUGAGGAACCCGUCAACUACGACACCAGUCUUGAUAUGGAUCCCUUUAUUUCAUCGCCAUCCUCAGCUCUUCUGGGACGGCACUCCCUGCCUCUUACGCCAUCAUCCCCUGCGUCAUCUUCUCCAAACCCAUCACGACGAUCCAUGAUGAUCACUGGCGGCACUACAAAAGUGCUUGCAGACCUGCAGGCCGGAGUGAUUAAUGCUCGAAAUGCAUUGGAAAAUACCAAGGCACAGUUAAGAUUAUCUCAGCGCACUGUGGCCCAAUUAACCCGUCAAGUAGAGGACCUAAAAGAUGGUCGUGAUCGUCUGCGGCUAGAGAACGAGGCUUUAAAUAAUGUAGUCGCUCGCAAAGAACGGCUACUGCAAGAGGUCUUGGAACGUGCCCGGAAAGCGGAAGCAGAGGCGGGUUCUCUAAAAGCAAACUUGAAGACGACUUCUGCUGAAGCCAAAAAGUCUUUGCGGGAAAUGGAAGAAAUGAUGAACCAAGCCACAACCUCUUCCCAGAAGGCUACCCGUGAGUAUGUAACACUGCGGGACAGUGUCAAAAGCAUGAUGGAAGGGUGGCAGCAGGAGGUUAAACUGCUCAGAGAUGAAAUGGCACGUAAGGAGAAGGUAUGGAGAACUGAGUCCGAGGGGUUGGCAGCGAAAUACCAACGGCUGAUUAAACUCCAAAACUCCGCAAAAGCGGAACAAAGCAACAAAGAUUUGUCUUGUCAGGCUGCCCGAGACUUAGAUGACAAGUUUUGCACUCAUGUGGAGAACGCACUUGCUAAGCUACAGAAGGAUAUCAGCCACAGCAACGUUCAAGAUGAGUUAACCGAUAGAUCACUGCGAGAGAUUUCGGCAGAGCUAGCUCGGAUUAAACGGCUAAUGAGGGGUAGCGCUUCAGGACGAUUUGCAUUUUCGAGUCAUGUUUAGUUGCUCCAUUUAUGAUUCAUGCCUCCAUGAAAUUGUACAUAAUCUUAAUUUUCAGGUGUAAUUAUGAAGAGUACCAACGUUUGACACACAAAUUAUGUUUUAG